GUUAAUAUUUGAAGCAUUAGACCACAAUAAUCAUACCAAGCCUUAUGUUGACGAGGUGAUCGAACGGCAUAUGUAUUCGGGUAUUAUUACACCCAGUGCAGAAUGGCAUCAACUGUCUCAUCCGGGUAUCACAGCCACUAUCAGCUAUAGAAUACGUGUGACGUGCGAUCCACACUAUUACAAUUACACAUGCACCAAAUUCUGUCGACCUAGACACGAUCGUUUUGGACAUCACACCUGUAGUGAGCAGGGAGAUAAAAUCUGUAUGUUAGGAUGGAAAGGACCUAACUGUGAAACGGCCGUGUGUAAAGAAGGUUGCCAUCCUCAACACGGAUAUUGCGAUAAACCUGGUGAAUGCAGAUGCCGUCCAGGCUGGGAAUCCGAGUUAUGCGAUAAGUGUUCCCCCUAUCCAGGAUGCAAACAUGGGUACUGUGAGAACGAGCCUUGGCAAUGUAAAUGUUAUGUUAACUGGGGCGGAUUUCUUUGCAACAAAGAUCUUAACUACUGUGGAACCCAUGAGCCAUGCCAGAACGGCGGAAUUUGUGAAAACACACCACCUGACGAGUAUAGGUGUCGCUGUCCCGUAGGAUUCUCUGGAGUCAAUUGUGAAGUAGGUGAGUUAGUUGAUGAUCCAUGUGCUACAUCACCAUGUGCAAAUGACGGAACUUGUUCAGAAAUCAAUGGAACUUACAGUUGCACGUGCAAACCUGGUUGGAAUGGAGAGAGAUGCCAACAAACUGACUUACUGGAACCAUCAGACGCUGACGAAUGCGCAAGAGAACCUUGUGUCAACGCUCGCUGGUGCAAAAACAUGGUUGGAGAUUAUGUUUGUGAAUGUCAGCCCGGUUGGACAGGAAAGAACUGUGACCACAACAUUAAUGAUUGUGUCGGCCAGUGCCAGAAUGGCGCCACCUGCAUUGACCUCGUCAGAGAUUAUCAUUGUGCUUGCCUCCCAGGGUUCACUGGAAGGAACUGCCAGACCAACGUUGAUGAUUGUUCUAGUAAUCCAUGUUUAAAUGGGGGGGAAUGUGUAGACUUUGUGGGUGAUUUCUCAUGUAUCUGUCCUGUUGGAUAUAAAGGAAUUCGUUGCGAAAUUGACGAUGAUUUUUGUAAUCCAAAUCCCUGUGAGAAUGGAGCUUCAUGUUUUAAUAUGCAUAGAAACUACUACUGUCACUGUCCAGCCCAAUAUUAUGGAAAGAACUGUACUGAACAAAGACCUCAGUGUUCUUCUCUACCUUGUGAAACUUUGGACGGUUGUACGGAACCCAUAUCCGCCAACAUUUCCACUGGAAAACAGCAGCUCAUCGGAUCAGAUGUGUGCGGCAUCCAUGGAAAAUGCAUUAGUGAGCCAACAGGGGUAUUUACUUGUGUUUGUGAUCCAGGAUAUACUGGCAAACACUGUCAAGAUAACAUUAACGAAUGCGCCUCCAAUCCGUGCCAAAAUGGCGGUACCUGUGUGGACAAAAUCAACUCCUUCCAGUGUAUUUGUAAAGAAGGCUGGAAAGGACCAAUUUGUAGUCGGAAGCAUAGCCACUGUGCUCUUAAUCCCUGUGUGAGUGGAGGAACGUGCACAGACCUUGGAGACAACUUUAUAUGUCGAUGUCCUCGUGGAUUUGAAGGCCGUACAUGUCAAAUAGCUAAAAACCCUAGUUGCUACUCCAGUCCAUGUCAGAAUGGUGGCACUUGUAUCAACAUGGGAACUGGGUUUUCUUGUCUAUGUAAGCAAGGUUACGAAGGUCCCCUGUGUCAAAACAAUAGUGAUUAUUGCAACCCCAAUCCUUGCUACAAUAAAGGCAGAUGUGUGAGUGGAUUAAACUGGUUCCGGUGUGAGUGUGCUAAAGGAUUUGCUGGAUCCAACUGUUAUAUUAAUAUCAAUGACUGUGCUUCCUUUCCCUGUAAAAAUGGAAGCACCUGUAAGGAUGGCAUUGUUGACUUUCAGUGUUUUUGUCCCCCAGGUUAUACAGGAAGACAAUGUAACAUAGAGGUAGGCAAGAGACAAUGUGAGUGGAAUGGUUUUACUUAUAACCAUGGCAGCACAUGGGAGAAAGAUUGUAAUACCUGUUUCUGCCAAGAUGCAGAAGUAACCUGUACCAAGUUUUGGUGUGGUUUUCCAAACUGCUUGGCUGACCCAAACUUCACAAGUGAUAUGAUUCAUCAGUGUCCUCAAGGACAAAUAUGUGUCCCUGAUUUUGAUAGCACUUGUUUUGUUCCUCCUUGUUCUUCAAGAGGAAGGUGUUCUCUCACAGGAAACUUAACCAAAAGCUCCACAGAUGUAUUACUUUCUAAUCUCAAAUGUAAACCAAACUCGGCUGAAUUAGACAACAACUGUGCAACUAUUACCUUGGUGUUCAACCAUAGUAAGAUACUACAGGGACUGACAGUUGAAAGUGUGUGUGUACAGAUACGAAAAUUACCUAAACAACUGAACUAUACAUCAAACUACACAGUUUUUAUUCUUUGUGACCAAACAGAAGAUGAAUCAGACAGCAUUGAAGUAGCAGUGUCCACAACUGGAGAGUCUUCAUUUGAUACCUACAAAUUCAUAAGCAAUCUUACAAAAUGGCUGGCUGAUAAAAUAAGUCGCAGAGAAUCCAAUAGCACAGCUUUAGCAGCAGUAGUUGAGGUGAAAGUGGAGAUCUCCUUCCUUGCUUCCAGUCAUGGAUUUCGAUACUUGUUGGUACCAGUGCUAGUAUCACUCUUAGUUUUGCUACUUUUUGCUUGCCUUGUUGGAACAGGACUGUGGUAUUAUUGCCAUCUUUGUCAAAGAAAACAGUCAUUGACUCACCAUCAUCAGCACUCAAUUAUCAAUAAAUUAGAACAAUUUGAAGAAGAGAAGACUAAUAACCAAAAUGAAGAAAAGUUAAGAAGGUAUCAUAAUCCUCUUCACACUGGUAAUGACUUAAAGGAAAAACUUGGCUUCUCCAACUUGAGUGAUUCCACAGAGAUGAUGGAAGUUGAUAACAUUAAUUGCUCUACCCACAUUCCUAAAAAAAUAUACAAGAUCCACUCUUUAGAAUCACAAAAAAACACCAAUCCCAUGAAUCUUACAGAAAAAACCUUGGAGAAAGCAAACAAUCUUAGAUCUCAUCAGAAAAGGCCAUCUGGAAAGGAAGUCAUAGUUUAG